AUGGGGGGUGAACAAUUACGCGUAUGCAAAAUAUCACGAAAAACUAAAAUUUUAAUCGAGAAAUUACGGUUCGAAAUUGAUGGUGCAAUUGAUCAACCGUAUGGAUUGUUUGAGGUUUCUGCUGGAAAGUUAACGCGUGUCGCACCGGAAAGCAUUAGGGAUAUUGCUGCUGCAUUUGAUUUUGAUGCAGUUAGCACAAGUUCAUCAUUCAAAUUAAAUGGCAUUAGUAAUACACCGAACAUCUCGAAAUCAUCAGCAGGGGAAGCAGAUUACGGAAAUCCAGUACGAGCAAGACAGAAAGUGACGCAGGAUGAGAUAAUCAAAAUGAAAGAUACAGGCGUACCAACGGAGCAGUUGAUAGCAAGAUUGGUCGAUGGUAGUGCAUCAUUUUCCGAGCGUACUGUUUACUCGCAAAAUAAAUAUAUCAAUAAAAAAGCGAAGAAACAUUCAGAUCAUGUUUAUCUUUUAAAACCAACUUUACGCUUAAUCGCCGAAUCUUACUAUAAAAAGGAUCCUGAAAGAGUGGCGCAUCUCAG